UAGACUCCCGGGAAUAUUCAGGGGAACUCCCGGCGCUAAGGGUCUCCAGGAGCUCCGCCCUGCCCAACGAAGCCGGCCACGAUUGGUCCCCGAAGACCCCGCCCAUCUCCUGGGCGGGGCGGGCGGGGGCAGGGGCUGGGGAGUUACUAGAGACAUCCCCGCGCCCCUACUCCGCUGCCUGCUAUUCACCUCGCCAUGGUUCUCCUGCCUCUGCGCUGUCUCUUCUGGGGCUCCUUGUUGACCACCGUCUACCCAGAACCACGCACUGCAUGCAGAGAAAAGCAAUACCUAGUAGACAGUCAGUGCUGUAAUAUGUGCCCACCAGGAGAGAAACUGGUGAAUGACUGCCUACAUACCAUUGACACGGAAUGCACUCGUUGCCAAACAGGCGAAUUCCUAGACACUUGGAACGCAGAGAGACACUGUCACCAGCACAAAUACUGCGACCCCAACCUAGGGCUCCAUGUCGAGAAGGAGGGCACGUCAGAAACAGACACCACUUGCACAUGCGAUGAAGGUCUGCAUUGUACCAACGCUGCCUGUGAGAGCUGCACCAUGCACAGCCUGUGCCCCCCUGGCCUGGGAGUCAAACAGAUCGCUACAGGGAUUUCUGAUACCAUCUGCGAUCCCUGCCCCAUCGGCUUCUUCUCCAAUGUGUCUUCUGCUUUGGAAAAGUGUCACCCUUGGACAAGCUGUGAAACCAAAGGCCUGGUGAAGGUUCAGGCGGGAACUAACAAGACUGAUGUUAUCUGUGGUCCCCAGCCUCGGUUAAGAGCCCUAGUGGUGAUCCCCAUCAUUAUGGGGAUCCUGCUUGUUGUCCUGUUGGUGUCUGCCUGCAUCCGAAAGGUGGUCAAGAAGCCAGAGAAUAAGGUUAUGUAUCAGGACCCUGUGGAGGACUUGGAGGAAUUUCCUAUGCCCCCGCACUCCAUUGCUCCGGUGCAAGAGACCUUACAUGGGUGCCAGCCGGUCACCCAGGAGGACGGCAAAGAGAGCCGCAUCUCCGUGCAGGAGAGAGUGUGAGGCAGCGUGUGCCCAGGAGUGUGACAGCGUGGGAGAGUGGGCGCGUGGCCGGAGAGCCUGGAGCUGCUGGAGGGGCAUGAAGGGGCGGUGCUCCCCUGCCUGCACCCCUGUGCUGCAGAAACAGAGAACCUUCCACCCCACCCCUGGAGCCCAUUCCACCUCCCAACUUGCUUUUAAAGAUGGAGAUGAAACUUUUGGGGGGCCAGAUAGUAAUAUCCACCAACCCAGCAUUUCAGGGCCCUGAGGUGUAUAUCACGGUGGUUUCUACGAGCCCAGGAAGACCCACGAAGAGCCAUUGUGGCAUUGUUUGUGACAGUGGACAACUGGAGGCCACUUAGCUGUUCAGCAGCAGGGGACUGGCUAAAUAAAAUUUGUAAUAUAUUUAUA